AAGUGAAUGUUAGUUCCACUGCAAUGCAAGAAGAAGAAUCUAAACAAAUACAUGUGAUUUAAUAUUUUUUGAUAGACACCGAUAAAUUAUUAUUAAAAUGGCACGUAAAAGAAAAAUUCCUGCUCGUAAACAUCAUGGAGUUCGAGAUCCACUAAAACAAAUUGAAGUCAAGGAAAAAAAACUGAGAAAAAUUACAAACAAUCCUCCCGAACGCGAUAAUCAGCAAGUUUCCUUUAAAUUCGCACAAUUUAAGAAACUAAUUGAUGACACCAAAGCUGGAAAGAAAAUCAAACGAAUACACAAGGGUCAGGAAGAUAAGCCGAAAGAUAGAUCUAUAAAUAAAAUUGGUUACAUACAGCAGUUAAGAGAGGAAACUGAUGAAGAUUACCUAAAGCGGGUAAAUCGAAUAACUGCACAAUCUUUGCGUGAGGCUCAGUACGAAGCUAAAUAUGGGGUUAAUGUCAUUCGAAAUCCGAAAACCGGAGAAAUUUCAAUAAGCAAAAAACCGAAAAAUGAAAUUGAUGAACUACUUAAAGAAAAACAAAAGAAACGUGGUAAACGAAAAUCUGCUUCAAAUAAGGAACAGGACAAACCAGUAAAACCUCUGAACCCCGAAAUAGCUAGAGAAUUAAUUAAACAAGCUAUUAAAGAAGAUAAAGAAGAGAAAGUAAAAGCUAAAUCAGAGGUGGAAGAAUACAAGCAGGAUAUUGUUAGAUUCGGCGAAGUUGUACACGCCCCUCCAACGCUUUCAACAUUGCCACGUAGAGCUCAAAAGUCUGAGACCGUACCGAGACCUGGUAAAAAGUCCAAUUUGCUGCUUAAAUCGCUAUUAUCAGAUACUAAAACCAACAGCGAAAACACGCCCGAAAGAAAAGUUAAAGCCGUUACUGGCAAAGUGGAAAAGAAUACGCUUAGCGGUAAACGGAAGAAUCUUCCAAUGGCUACAAGAAAAAUGCUUGAAGACGAGCAAAGUAAAUUCAUUGAAAUUUACAGAGCCAUGAAGAAAACAAAAGUGAAGCUAUCCUGAUGUUCAUGCCUAUAACAUACAUACAUUGUAAUUUUUAUUUUAAAACUAAAAGGUAACAAAAAACGUUUCAAAUAAAAACUACCCUGUUCAUUAAGCUAAA